AUGUCGAACCAAUGGGACAAGAUCGGUAUGGACGUGGCUUAUGAAGAGGCUGCAAAAGGUUUCGCUCAGGGUGGUGUGCCAAUUGGUGGUUGUUUGAUCAAUAACAAAGAUGGCACAAUCCUUGGCCGUGGGCAUAAUAUGAGAUUUCAAAAAGGUUCCGCUACUUUACACGGUGAAAUUUCCACUUUAGAAAACUGUGGUAGAUUACCUGGGAAAGUCUACAAGGACACUACUCUAUACACCACUUUAUCGCCAUGCGAUAUGUGCACUGGUGCUAUCAUCAUGUAUGGUAUUCCCCGUUGCGUAGUGGGUGAAAAUGUUAACUUUAAAAGUCCCGGUGAACAAUAUCUUCAAUCCCGUGGUCAUGAAGUUGUUGUUGUUGACGAUGAGAGGUGCAAGGCUAUCAUGAAGAAGUUUAUUGACGAGAGACCUCAGGAUUGGUUCGAAGAUAUUGGCGAGUAA